AUGGCGCCCCAACUACAAGAGUACUACAAGACGGUCGAUUCUCUCGCCGAGCCGUUCAUCGAGCGCCUUCGACAGGCUGUUGCGAUACCUUCCAUCUCUGCGGACGAGGCGAGACGGCAGGAUGUUGUCAAGAUGGGCAUGUUCCUGAAGGAGCAGCUGGAGAGCCUGGGUGCACAUGUGGAAGCACGUCCUUUGGGCAAGCAGCCGCAUAAGGAGCAUUUGGAGCUUCCACCGGCCAUCGUUGGAAGGUAUCCAGCCAAGAAAGACGAGAGCAAGAGGACGAUCCUUGUCUACGGACACUACGACGUUCAGCCAGCGGACCUCUCCGACGGCUGGGCGACCGAGCCCUUCAAGCUCAGCGUGGACGACAAGGGCAGAAUGUAUGGACGGGGCAGCACAGAUGACAAGGGACCAGUUCUGGGAUGGGUGAACGUGAUUGAGUCACAUCAGAAAGCCGGCAUUGACUUUCCAGUCAACCUGCUCAUGUGCUUUGAAGGUAUGGAGGAGUACGGCUCAGAAGGUCUGGACGAUUUCAUCAUGGCAGAGUGUAAGCCGGGCAAAUUCUUUGCCGAAGCAGAUGCAGUGUGCAUCAGCGACAACUACUGGCUUGGUACAGAGAAGCCUUGCUUGACCUAUGGCCUCAGAGGCUGCAGCUACUACUCGAUCGAAGUCAGCGGCCCGGGUCAGGAUCUGCAUUCUGGUGUCUUUGGUGGUACCGCUCAAGAGCCAAUGACGGAUCUGGUACGCGUCAUGUCAAGUCUGGUCGACACAGAUGGCAAUAUCCAGAUUCAGGGCAUCAAAGAGCUUGUUGCACCGCUUACGAAAGAGGAGGAGAGCCUGUACCAGGACAUUGCGUUCACAAUGGACAAUUUAUAUGAGUCACUUGGCAGCAAGACUGGUAUCUUCCCUGACAAGGAGCGCACAUUAAUGGGACGCUGGAGAUACCCAUCCUUGUCACUCCAUGGUGUCGAAGGUGCUUUCUCGCAGCCAGGUGCGAAGACCGUCAUCCCGGCCAAAGUCACUGGCAAAUUCAGCAUAAGAACAGUGCCGGACAUGGAGCCGCCAGAGGUCGACAAGCUCGUAUACACUCACUGCGAGAAGGUAUUCGAGCAGCUCAACUCCAAGAACACUAUGAAGGUCUAUCUUCAACACGCUGGCAAGUGGUGGGUUGCAUCGCCUAAGCACUGGAACUUCACGGCAGCGGCUAAGGCCGUCGAGGAUGUUUGGCAUGUGAAGCCUGAUCUCACCAGAGAAGGAGGCAGCAUCCCGGUGACUCUCACCUUUGAGCAAGCCACUGGCAAGAACGUUCUCCUGCUGCCAAUGGGUAGCUCCACAGAUGCUGCCCACUCCAUCAACGAGAAGCUCGACCGCCGCAAUUACAUCGAGGGUAUCAAGCUCCUUGGUGCAUACUUGCACUACGUCGCUGAGGAGCCGAUGGAGGGUUAG